GCGUCCGUGCGUGCGCUUUGGUGGGUGAGCCGGGCCUUUUCCCAAGCCCACCUGCGGAGUCCGGGAAGAAACAGGCUUGCCUUUCGCGGGUUCCUUGACUUUACCUAGCAAGGACAUUUGAGGUCGUGCAGGUUCAGAGCGCGAGUUCCGCCACUUGUGGAUAGCAUCUCAUACUUUUGUCUGGGCUGCCCUUGAACUGUGAUUCUCUUGUCUCGCCGCUCCAAUCUGAAGAGAUUGGCUGCACGUAAGAUACAACUUUUCAACACCUAUUUAUUAGCCUGUGUUGCAACCAUGUUUGGGAGGCUGACUCUUCCACAAAUGCUUUUUGCUACCAUCCUUGGAAUUGCUGGAGGAAUAUAUAUUUACCAGCCGAUAUUUGAACAGUACGCCAGAGAUCAGGAGGAAUUAAAAGAGAAGAUGAAAUUGGCACAAGAAUCAGAAGAGAAAAGGAGUUAAUGCUGUUUGAAGAUGAACUGUAAUAGUUGCUUAAAUAAAUCCUAAUAAAUUUA